UGUGCGCAUGUGCAAACCAAGCGGAGCGCUAUCAUGGCGGCGCGUAGCCAUGUGCAGGACCCGAAUGACAGGAGGCUGCGCCCCAUCUACGAUUACCUGGACAAUGGCAAUAAUAAGAUGGCGAUACAGCAGGCUGACAAGCUGCUCAAGAAACACAGAGAUCUUCACUGUGCAAAGGUUCUGAAGGCCAUUGGGCUGCAGCGGACGGGAAAACAGGAUGAGGCGUUUUCUCUGGCACAGGAAGUAGCUGCACUCGAACCCACAGAUGACAACUCCUUGCAGGCUCUCACUAUCCUGUACCGUGAGAUGCACAGACCUGAGCUGGUCACCAAACUGUAUGAGGCUGCAGUGAGAAAAGUCCCGAGCAGUGAGGAGUACCACUCACACCUCUUUAUGGCAUACGCUAGGGUUGGAGAAUACAAGAAAAUGCAACAGGCUGGCAUGGCACUUUACAAGAUUGUUCCGAAGAAUCCAUAUUAUUUCUGGUCGGUGAUGAGUCUGGUGAUGCAGUCCAUCUCAGAGCAAGAUGAAAAACUAUCAAAGACGAUGUUUCUCCCCUUGGCCCAGCGCAUGGUGGAAAAGAUGGUGAAAGAAGACAAGAUUGAGGCGGAAGCUGAGGUACAGCUGUAUCUAAUGAUUCUUGAACGACUUAGGAAGGACCAGGAGGCUCUGGAGGUUAUUCGCGGAAAGCUGGGAGAGAAACUGACGAGCGAGCUCCAGAGCCGAGAGAUGAAGUGCAUGGUGCUGUACAAGAAACUGGUCAAGUGGCCUGAAUGCAAUUCCCUGUCGAGGAAACUGUUACUGAAAAACCCUGACGACUGGCAGUUUUACUUGUCUUUCUUCGACUCCCUCUUCCACCUGAUUGAUGAGGGCUGGACUCCCCCUGCAGAGGGCGAACACUCUCUGGAAGGUCCAGUCACUUGGGAUAUACAGGAAGCCAUUGCUUUUGUAGAAGAGAGGGUCCUGAACGAGGAGCCAAAGGGAUCACGGUGCCUGAGGGGACCGUACUUGGCCAAACUCGAGCUGAUCAGGCGACUGAAACAGAGAGGCACCAAUGAUGAACAUAAACUAGGGAUCCCGGAGGAUCUGAUGUUCCAUUAUUUUGAACGGUUUGGGGACAGGCCAUGCUGUUACUCCGACCUCAGGAUCUUCGCCGACCUCCUGUCACCAGAACGGCACACGCAGUUUAUUAAUAAACUCCUAGAAGUGGUACCUCUGUCAGUACCAGAAGAGGGCAGCCUCGCACUACCGGCCGACAUCAAAGCCAUGCAGAGGCACAUGUUUGUGAUCCAGUUUUCCAGACUGUUGGGUCUUCAGCAGAACAUGGAUCAGGCUCAGCGACUGGCACUGGUUCAGGAGCUACUGCACAGAUACAAGCAUGGCCUGGAUUUCGGGAAGUCGUGCUUGAAGACUGAGUUGCAGUUCUCUGAUAACUAUUGCCUCUUGGCAGUGCAUGUUCUCCUCGAUAUCUGGAACGAAUCAGGUGAGGAGUGGCCACUUUGGCGGUCUCUGGCCCUCUUGGAGGAGACCCUCUCCCACAGUCCCUCCAGUGCCCAGUUCAAGCUGCUGCUCAUUCGGAUCUACUGUCUCCUGGGAACCUUCGAGCCGGUCGUGGACCUUUACACCAGCCUCGACGCCAAGCACGUGCAGCACGAUACCAUCGGGUACCUGCUGACUCGAUAUUCGGAGCCACUGGGCCACCUCGCUGCUGCCUCCCAAGCAUGUAACUUCACACUCAGGUUCUUCCACUCUAACCAGAAAGAUACCUCUGAAUAUAUCAUCCAAGCAUACAAAUAUGGUGCAUUUGAGAAGAUUCCGGAGUUCAUCGCUUUCCGGAACAGGCUAAACAACUCUCUGCACUUUGCACAAGUCCGCAUUGAACGUAUGCUGUUAGACCUCUUCUUUGAAGCGAAUACAACGAACGGUCUGGAGGAAAGUAUAAAAUCCAUGGGUUUAUGUCCGGAAGACGAUGAUAUUCCGUGGGAUGAACUUCGGGACAACCGGGAUUUGACGGUCCACUUUAGCUGGGAUCCAAGCGAAAGGGAGAUGUCCGAGGAGGAGAGGCAGAUCUCGAUGAAGGAGGAGAUGACGUGGUUGAGGAUUCGCUCGCUCACGCUGCGGCUAGUCGGCACCCUGGCUACCGGCAGCCACGGAGCAGAGACCAAGAAUUCCAAAAAGACGGCGGAGAAUGGAGUGGCCUCCCGGACAGACACUCUCCAGCUGUUAAUUCAGCAGCUGGAAGGUGCAAUACAGACUGGGAAGAAGAGUGUGGGGCAGCCUAUUCAGCAUCUACUCCAGAGACCUCCUCCAACCCGCCUGUCAGCCUACAUGGAGAGCGGCAGCUGCCGGUGUCAGAUCAGUGCUUUCCACCUGGCUAGCAGCGUGUACGAGCUUGACAUCAAUGGAUUGGAGGAAACGCAGGACAUCCAGGAGAGGAUAGCAGAGAGUUUUAAAUCAUUAUUAGAACAAUUACAAGAGAUAUUCAAUAAAUGUAAAGGGAAUUUAUUGGAAACUAAAGAAACGGAGUGCAAAUCUAGACCGGAACUUUUAGAAUACUUAGUCUUUUUAGUCGAGACUGUUUGCAUCAUCCUGUGGGUAUCGUAUUACUGUGGUAACAUACUGCGGCCGCUAAAGUCAAGUAUACAGAAGAAAAAGAAGAAAAAAAAGGAUAUCAAUGUUACAAUGCCGACAGUUUUCAGCAGCUUCCAAGACUACGUGGCCAGGUUGCAGACCUUCCUAUCUGACAUUCUCGAGCACCUGAAGGGUUUGGAGGAGACUCUGGCUGCACUGAAAUUCAAUGAGUUGACCCUGGAGGCUUCAGGCAUCGAGGGCGACCAGACAUUCUUGCGGAUAGUGCGGGGGAAGAUCCAGAGCAGCUACCAGCGGUCUUUACAGGAGACCAGCGACCUGCUGCGGAAACGACUGGACACUGUCAAAUCCCUGAAAAUCUAAUAAUCUGAGCGGAGGAGGAGUGGGAGUGAAGUGGGGGGAGGGUGGGUGAGGGUGGGGUGUGUGUGCGGGAGGGAGGGAGAGACCUGAGAAGGACAGCACAGAAACACUGCAUCAUGUUCUGUGACGCCUUCCUUCCCCCCCCCCCUUCCAGCUGAUCCAGCGUAUUCACCAAGAGAGCAUGAAGGACCUUGCGACAAAGAAUUUAAAGUGAAUUUUUAGAAUAAAAACAUGAAUAAAUUCUGUACAUAAACCCUGGCGUUUCGAGGCCUUCUCUCAGACAAGGUGGCAAUAUUUUUUAGAAUCUGUUUGCAUUUUUUUUUUUUUGCGUAGCUCAAGUGCAUGAUACGCCAGUCAGUCAGUCGUUACUCGGGACUUGGAAACGUCAAGUGAAAGUUUGGACUGUGUGUUCUUCUCCUCCGUAUUCAAGUGGAACGCACCCACGCUGGACUGAGGUUUGAUUUUGUGGGAUGUACAACAAGUGUGUGUGUGUGCGAGAGAGAGAGAGAGAGAGAGAGAGAUAGUGUGUGUACAGGCUCCGAUAAACGAGUAUUGUACGUUC